AUGAUUAUUCAGGCAUUCAGCAAGGAAGGCCGACUCUGUGAUGCCCCACGCAGGCGUCGACCAAAGGCAACGACGGAGGAUGAAGACGCCCUUAUAGUAGCUACUGUCGUCGAGAACCCGUUCCAGUCCGCGAGGCAAGUGCGGGAGCAGCUAGAUGUGGACACUUCCCUUGCUGCGGUCCGGCGACGCCUCCGAAGUGCUGGACUGCGAAAUUUUGUAGCUGUACGAAAGCCGGUCGUCACUGCUUCGAACAGCAAGUCACGUCUCCAGUUUGCCGAAGCACAGACCUCAUGGAUGGCCGAUGCUUGGGGCCGAUGA